AUGUCACUUCCGUUCGAACCGCUACCACAUGGGCAUGUGGUUCAAAAGCCAUCGUCACCUCGAUUUCCGUUGCCGCCCGGUGACGAUGAGUUGCAGAUUGUGGCCGGUAGAGACAACUAUGGUAUGCUGCAAGUGAUCGAAUGGGACCAUAUGGAUCUAUCAAUAUUCUAUCCGGCAGCGCUCACCAGUACAUGGACUGUGCGCAUGUGUUUGUACCCGCUGGCAGUACUCAGAAGUCGUCUACAACUACAGAAACAACAUACUGUUUAUACUAGCACAUGGGAUGCAUUUAUCAAUAUCUCG